CGUCCGCACCGCAGAAGCAAAACCCGCCGUCCCAAGCAGAGCAGAGCAGGGGAACCGAAGCCGAGAGACUAGACAGAGGUGAGGGAGCGGGCGGAGCGCGAAAGACCCUAGGGCAGGGCACUCCUCCGCGCCCGCCUUCCUCCAAGCCCCGCCUUAGACUCCCAGCGCCAGCGCCAACGCCGCCGCAGCCGGCCCUAGACCCCCAAAUCCUUCUUCUCCUCCUUGCUUCGCAGCAAGAUCGAGCGGAAGGCGGGCAGCCAGGCGGCAGGCGCACAGACGCAGGGGUGAGGGCACGGGCGGCAGCGCUUGGACGGACGCCGUGGAUCUCGUCGACGACGUUGGGCGGGUGAUGCAUUGCUUCUGAUGGCAAAUACCCGAUCAGGAGGGGCGCCCAGAGACGGAGCACUCGGAGAAACUGCCUCUGCUUCUGGCACCUCCUCCUCCCCCGCCAAUGCCAGGGAGAACAGGAACUCAUCCGCGGGUGACCCAACCCACACGCAGACAUCGAACCUUAGGAGGUCCACUCGGGAAACAAAAGGGAAGAAUAAAUCUAAUGUAGCCACUCCUACCCCAUCCACAACACCCUCGCAUAGAUCUACUAGGGCCACCAGGGAAGCUACCCCCAUAUACUUAUCAAAGAAAUCAAAAGGGGCACCAGACUCAACAGGGAACACUGUUACCACAAGAAAGUCCACCAGAGUUAAGAACACCGAUGUUUCACCUUCUCCUGCUUCAAAAGAUUCAAAUGGAACAGCUACCCCAAUGUCUGCCUCCAAGAUGUCCGCAAAAAGACAAAUUGAUGUACAAAACUCAGACAAGGAUAAUCUUAAUGACGCUGAGACUGUUAGCAGGCUGUCCAAGAAGCAGAAAAGAUUGAGCACAAAGACCUAUAUAGCAAUGUUCAGUCCAACAGAAGAACAAGCGGAUUCCUCAGUGCUUGCUUCUCUUAGAGAGGAAAAGGAAAAUGCUUCCAAGGUGCAACUGGAAGAUGAUGGUGCUGUUUUGGUGUAUGAAGAAAGUGAUGCAUAUGAGCAAGCCAACCUGGAACUUUCAAGUGUGGCUGCUAACAAGGUUUUGGAAGGUCACUCUUCUGACUCGCACGAAAUGCGAGAGGUGAUAUUGGAGAGAGAUGAGUUGAAGAUCGGAUCUCAUCAGUCUGAUCUCAUUUCAGAGUCACAUAUGCCUACUGAGACAUGCUCACUAAAUAAGGCGGUUGAUAGCAUCCUCAUGAUGGAAGCUGGAGAGCAAACUGCUGGUGAUUCAAACCAAAAUUCUCUACCAGAAUUGCUACAUAGGCCUUGCACUACAGCUCAUCAUGAAGAGACCAACAAGACAAUCGAAGGUGGUGAUUCCAUUGGGAUUCAAGGGGCUCAUACUUCAAGGAAGACUGAAGCUAUCCAAUGUGAUGAAACAGAGUACAACAACUACAUAUGUGUUGGUUGCAAAAGCAGGACAAAUUCAGAUAUUCUGAAAUGGCUGGAUUCAUUGGAAGAAGGAACAUCCUUUAAAGGUUGCUGUGCAUUUUUUAGGUCUUGUGAUGGAAAAGGUUGUAAACGACAUUACCAUCUUUCUUGUAUGGAUCCUCCCUUGGAAUGUGUAUCGCCAGGGAUAUGGCUUUGCAUCAUAUGUACAAAAAAGAGGAUCCAGUUUGGUGUAUAUUCAGUCAGUGAGGGAAUUGAAUCUUUGUGGGAUGUUAAGGAGGGAACCCAUAACAGCAAGCAAUAUUUUGUGAAGUACAAGAAUCUAUCUCAUGCACAUAAUCGGUGGGUUUCAGAAAGUGAUAUAGUUGAUAGCACCCCGCAAGGUCGUGAUCUUAUCUCCAAAUUUAGUAAGAGGAUCCAUAAAGAAAAGGCAAUAAGGUGGAAGCAAGAAUGGGCUGAACCACACCGCCUGUUGAAGAAAAGAUCACUUAUGUCUCCAAAAGAAGCUGAAGAGUUUUUUACUUUACUUGGUGAUAAAUUUGCAUAUUGUAAUGUCGAAUGGCUAGUGAAAUGGAAGGAUCUGGGCUAUGAGCAUGCAACAUGGGAACUUGAGACUUCAUCAUUUUUAUGUACACCUGAGGCUGAGGAGCUCAAAUGGAGCUAUGAGAACCGCCAUGAAGCUGCAAGAAGAGCUUCUGAUCAUGCGAAAAUAGACAAGGUUAAGGAAGGCGUGUUUCAGAAACUUCAGAGACUGCCAGAUGGUUGCCCCCCUGGUUUAGAUGACGAUAAUUUGAGUUCGCUUAAUCAGCUUCGCGAGUUCUGGUACAAUUCUCGCGGUGCUAUUUUCAUCGAUGAUCAGGAGCGAGUAAUUAAGACCAUUCUUUUUGUGAUGUCCAUACUGCCUGAUAUCCGCCGACCACUCCUCAUUGUCUCUACUUCUGCUUCUCUCUCGCUGUGGGAGGCUAAGUUCAAUCGCUUGGCAGCAUCCAUCAACGUUGUUGUGUACAAUGGGGAGAAAGACAUACGCAAAUCAAUUCAAGAUUUGGAGUUUUAUGAUAAUGAGUCUGUGAUGUUGCAAGUUCUCUUGUCCCACCCUGAUGCUAUCUUAGAGGACAUUGAAGCCAUGGAGCGCAUUAGUUGGGAGGCAGUUACGGUUGAUGAUUGUCAAAACUCAAAAGUUUCAAAAUGCCUUGAACAACUUAAGCAACUUCCUACCAAUUUUAGGAUGGUUCUUUUGAGUUCCCCUCUUAAGGAAAAUAUUCCCGAGUACAUCAAUCUUCUGUCUUUCCUCAACCCUGAAGAAAAUGAUAUCUUGGGUCUUUCAAAUGGUGAUUCUAGUGAUACAGUGGGCACCCUAGCGGUGCUGAAAGCAAAACUUGCACAUUAUGUCGCAUUUGAGCGGAAGGCAGAUUCUUCAAAAUUUUGGGAGUAUUGGGUUCCUGCUCGCCUUUCACAAGUGCAACUAGAGAUGUAUUGUUCCACUUUACUAUCAAACUCCCCAGCACUCCGAUCACAUUCAAAAACAGAUAGCGUUGGUGCUCUUCGGAACAUUCUUGUAUCCCUCCGGAAGUGCUGUGACCACCCUUAUCUUGUUGAUUUAACACUGCAAAGCUCACUUACCAAGGGUCACCCUGUAACUGAUAUCCUAGAUAUUGGAGUGCAUUCAAGUGGCAAGUUGCUGUUGCUUGAUAAAAUGCUCCAAAAGAUCAGGACUAAAGGGCUGAGAGUUCUUAUUCUUUCUCAGUCUGGUGGUGGUUCUGGCAACCCUAUGGGUGACAUUUUGGAUGAUUUUAUCCGUCAAAGAUUCGGCUAUGAGUCAUACGAACGUGUCGAACGUGGUUUGCUACUGCAAAAGAAACAGACAGCAAUGAAUAUGUUCAAUGACAAAACAAAGGGGCGAUUUAUUUUUUUGAUUGAUAGUCGUGCAUGUGUUCCAAGCAUUAAGCUAUCAUCUGUUGAUGCCAUCAUCAUAUAUGGCAGUGAUUGGAAUCCUGUGAAUGACUUGAGAGCUCUUCAGAGGAUCAGCCUAGAGUCACAAUCUGAACAUGUGCCUAUUUUUCGUUUGUAUUCGUCUUGUACAGUGGAGGAAAAGGCUCUUGUUCUUGCAAAGCAUGAUCAUAUUCUGGAUAGCAAUAUCCUGAAUAUAACCCCUAGCCUGAGCCAUUGCCUGCUCAGUUGGGGCGCAUCAUUUCUCUUCAAUAGACUUGAGGAAUUCCAGAACCAUAACAACUCAAGUAAAGGUUCUGAUGGUGACAAACUGUUCAUGAAUAAUGUAGUUUUGGAGUUUUUAACAAAAUUAUCCACCAAGGUUGUAGUCGGCAGUAAAAUGGACAAUGGAGUCAUAUCACAAGCUCAUCUGCGUGGAUCUUUUUAUUCUAGAGACAUUGUUGUCGUAGGUGAGAGGGAGGGGAUCUCUUCACUUGAUGGUGAUCUGCCAAAGUUCUGCGCCUACUGGUUAAAUUUGCUUAAUGGGAUGUCUCCUCGUUGGCAACAUAUAUCUGAGCCAGCACAAAGAAGCCGUAGAAAGAUGCAAAACUUGGAAGAUCAAUUGAAAAAUAUUGAAGAACAAUCGAAAGCACCUGCUGAAGAAACUGAUGAAGCCAGAAUGAAACGCAGAAAAAUUGGUGAAAUCAUGGAUUCAUCUAUGAAAGUUCCACCUGGCAAAAACAAAGACAGUCUAUUGUCCGAAAACAAUACCAGUUCUCAUCAAAUAUCAGUUGAUGACACAUGGCAGGAACUAGAGACAAACAACCUUCAUGGCACACAAAAAGGUCUUCACGUUCAACUAAAGCCAGAGCUGUUGAAGUUAUAUAAAUUGCUGGAAUUGCCGGAGAGCAUUAAAUCCUUAUGUGAGGAACUCCUUGACUAUAUUUUGAAGAAUCACCAAGUCAGCCAGGAGCCAAAGGGCAUACUGCAUGCAUUCAAUAUAGCUCUGUGUUGGCGUGCUGCUUCUAUCUUAAAGCAUAAGGUCAAUCAUAGGGAAUCACUCACCCUUGCUGUAAAAAACUUAAACUAUGAGUGCAAUGAAGAGCUCGCUGAGUUUGUAUAUGAGAAGCUUAGGAUCCUAAAGAAGAAGUUUGCACGUAGAGUGGGCGAAACAAGCAAGCAAAGUCAACCAACUUCAGCAAGCAACAUAUCACCUUGCGAACAGGAGAUUUCAACUAAAUCGAGAAAUGUUGAAUCAAUCCCCAGCCAGGCAACUUCUGUUGCUGGUAAUUUUGAAAAUGGUUCACAUCAAGAGGCUUCAGGUCAUUUGUGGACUGAGGAGAUGGUUCCAGGAGAGAAAGAACUGCCAUCUGAUCCAGGAACUUGUAGAGAGAAACAUUUAUCGAGGGAUGAACUUCUUAGUAGAAUCAUGGACAAAAGAAUUAAAUUAGUUGAUAAAGUUUUUUCCUUAAGAGGAAAGAGUAUCCAGGAUAAGCACUCAAAUGAGGUCUCAUUGUUAGAUAUGUGCAGGCAAAAGGAAGUGACAAAACUCAGAGUAGCAUGUACUUUAGUUGUGGAACAUCUUCGUAGAAGUCGAAGUCACAUUAAUCAAGAGGAUAGGGAUGGGAAAAUAAAGCUAAUAAUUGAAUGGUUUACUAUGCUUCUAUAUGCAUUUUUGGAGCACAUGAGAUGCCAACGUAACAAGCUGGAUAUGCAGCAGUCAGCUGCCUGGACCAAGGAGUCUCAAUUGAAGGAGAAAUUCCUUCAGGCAGUGAAAUCCGGCCAAUUAGAUCAUACUUUUGAUCAACACAUUCCUUUACCAGAUUCAGACUUUGUUAUGGAGGAAUUCAGCCACUUCAGUGAAGAAGUUGGUAGCUGUCAUGUUCAUGCAGCUUCCUCGGCACCGCAAUCUUUCAAUGAUAACUCAGCAAUGGAAAUUACGUUGGUUCGAAGUGCAAAUGCAUCUGAAGUUACCACUACAGAAGAAGCGAGAAAUGGACCUGCUGAAAUUCUUAUCCAAGGGCCAACAUCAGAAGUUGUUGGUUUGUCAGUGAAUAGGAUCCGCAGUAUAUCUGAUGGCAUUGACUCACAAGGAGAUGCAUCUCUGGCUGUUCAACAUUCAUUGAGCAGUAGUCCUUUAGUUGACAACUCAGUCACCCAGGAAUGUUCAGGCGGUUACCAUAGAAGUACUGAACUUGUUGAGGGAGAGAGUAUUAUCAGCUCACCGAUGCAGGGUGGAAGUCAACAUUUAUGUGAUGCUGCAAUGGAAGUUAACGCCGAAAAUAGUUACACUGCUGUUGUAGAUUCACCUCACUUGCAUGCAGCAGAUUUGACUGCUCCUUCCAGCCAGGCUACAUUGCCUGUGUCUAGAGAAGUUGAAACACGGCCCAAUCUUGUAAUUCGGUCUGCACAACAGAGUUUAGCACCAUCACCACUUUGGCAAGGAGAACCAGAACAAACAGACCUGUCUGGUAUAGCAUCAGCUCAACCUUUGCAAUCUGAUAGGCAGCGAUCAAUCCCAGUGUCCAAUAAUCUGCUUGAAAGAGCACAAUCUGAUCAGGGUCAAUCAAGUCAUCAGACAGAUGCUACACCUGGUCCUGCACAGUCAGCACAACUCUUUCCAGUGGCAUCAAUGAUGUUUAAUCACCCACCAAUUGAUGAUGAGCCACUGAAAAAUGAGUUGCACAAAUUAAAAUUACACAUGGAUACACUCAAUAAAAUCCAUGAACUGAAGUUUCACUUUGGACAGAAAUCACAACUUCGGAUGGAGUGUAGCCAAGAAAUAGAGAAGGUCAAACGAAAAUAUGAUUUGUUAAUUGAAGAACAUGACGCCACUCAUCUUCAGCAAAAGAAGACACUCAAUGAAAUUUAUGAGAAAGUUCACCGUAACCAAUCACUGGCUGAGGAUUUUCGGGCCAAAUUCAUAUCACCAUCUGCAGGACAAGCAAAGGCCUAUAGCCCUCAAGCUCGUCAGACACCUCAGGCUUCUCAGCAAGUACCAGUGAGGCCUUCAGUGGCGGGAUCCUCAGCAUCACCAAUUGCCUCGUCAUCAGCUUGUCGACCGCCAGUACCAAGGCUUAGAGUCCAACCACCGCAGGUGGAUCGACCAUCAUCAUCGUUGUCACAUGUUUCUCCUUCGUUGUCGCCGUCUUCACUAGCGGGCCAAUCUGCCCCGUUGAUACCAGGCAAUCUUUUCAGAGCAACAUCAGCGCCUGUUAGCCACAUGCCUCCACCACGUGGUAGCUAUGGAGUACAGAGCGAAUUGGCUCCUCGCGCACCUGCUCCUCAUCUCCAAUUCAGGUCGCCACGGUCACAUUCCAUGCCACCUGGAAAUCAGAAGCAGCAGCUUCCAACUAGGCUGGAGGCGACAUCUUCAAGGACACAGUUUGCUCCUGUGACCCAUGCGACCACAUCGCUGUCAAGCUCUCAACCAGUCCUGCCGGCAAAUCCAUCCGCAUCAGAUUCACAUCCAGUUCUCCUGGCAACCUCAGGCACGUCAAGUUUACAUUCAGUCCUCCCAGCAACCUCAUCGCCGUCAAGUUUGCAUCGAGUUUUCCCAGCAUCCUUGCUGCCAUCAGGUUCAAGUCCAAGUCACCUGGCACAUGUGCCACCAACUCCAAACCCUGCUCUACAAGCGAUGACACCACCGGGUUUGAAUAUGCCUUGCACGACCUCAGCUGCAUCGAGUGCACUGCUGGCAGGUAGGCGUCUGGGCCCUUCUAUCUCAUCAGGAGGAAUGCAGUCAGCAGAUUCUGGAUCACUAUCAUUGGAUGCAUGGCUUACAGCGAGUCUUGGGUUGAGCAGUGCUUCCCCUAGCGUGGGGGCUCCUACGAAUGUGGUGUGUUUGUCUGAUGAUGAAUCAGACUAAUAGAAAGAUGGGACUAGACUGACGGCUAGGAAUAAGUAGGGUGACCUAACUGCGUACGGAAGGCAUUAGAAUGUGUUUUACACGCCUUGAUGUGCAGCACGUUAAUUUGGUAAAGGUAAGUACUCUAGAAGGCAUGUUAUUUGUGCUGUGGCUGUGGUGUUUCGGCGCCCUUCACUGUGUAACAUCACCGCUACAUCGACCAGCCAACGGUUGCUGUAAAUUGCUGACCCCUUACGGAAACUUAUCUCGGUAUUAACCUGUUCUGUGCAUCCUGUAAAUAUAUUCUCUUUCUUUGUACUCCA